AUGACGACACCAAAAUUUAUUGUGACGCAAAAUCCUGCAUGGGUGUUUAUUCAUGUGCAUGUGCCUUUUGUGCGAGUCUCCGACAUGGAAUUUUACGUGGAUCGGAUGGAUUUUUCCUUCUAUUGUAAGCCGUAUUUACUCAAGCUUCACUUUCCAUAUGAAGUAGUGGACAACGAAUUGGCCAAAGCCGUUUAUGACCCGAAUAAGGAAAAUGGAACUAUUGUAGUGCAUUUGCUCAAGAAAGAGCCAGGUCAAGACUUUCCUGACCUUGAUAUGCUCACAAAAUUGCUGCAGCCGCAACGACCGCCAGUGGAUGUAAAGGCUGAUGCACUUCAAUGCAAAGCACCACUCAUCGAAGUAUUGGAGUCGAUGGGUUCUGAACCAAUUGGGAGUUUUCAGGAAGAGUCCGAUAGAUUGGAUACGCUGAUAGGAAACAAAAUGAAUCAAAACAAUGAGGAAACUUUGGCAGAACAGGUGCGGACGGAUUCGUCGCUUCUUAGCCUUGAGAGCUCGAAACCUACACAAAGUGUCGGCUCGGUACAACUUGAUGCUGAAAAAGAAGCGUCCGAUUCGAUAGAUGUGCGUGUCACGGAUCUCGCACCUUCGUACGGGUUUAACAAUGCGUACAGCGACUUUUUUCGCGCUUGGCAUGGCGAAGUGAGCGAGAUUUUGUCUCUGCCUGACCCGGAGCACGUUCAGCCAGAACAGCGACGAAUUCUUCGCGAAGCUGCUGAGGAACAACAGUUUGAUAUCGAACGCUACCUAAUGGAUUAUGCUAACCAGGGAGAUGACAUGUACUUCAAAUUAGCCAUGGAGUAUGUGCCUUUUUGGAGAAAAUACCCCGUCCUUUUACUUCCUGCUGAGACCCCAAGAGAAGAAAAGGAAGGCCGGGUGCCAAAGCCUUCCACUGUUGAGAUCGAUUCAGAUGUGAAUGGUGUUGGAGAAAGUAUUUACAACUUGUCACUUGACGUUACUUUACCUCGAGUGAGUUCAAAGUCAUCGAUCACAUUUACGGAUGCAGAGCAAGAACUGUUGCUGCGGCUUCCUCGAAAAGAAUUCUUGCUUCCAGAAGAUAGUCUGGAAGAAACGGUAGUGGUCGGUGGUUUGGUCGACAUCCUCAUUGGCUUUGCGUAUGAACAGCUCACAACUCAGGGUGACAGUGGUGUCGAGUCGACAUGGACAGUGAGUAUCGUGAGUCCGACCCUGUCAUGGCUGGAUUCAAAUGCUGAUUUGCACGCUGUUGUGCGCUCAAGCGUACGUCGUAUGAUCACGUUUCCGUUCCUACGGCAGUACGACCUCGCCAUGCGCUCAGUAUGUGAAGCCAGCGAACUGCUGAAGCGUGGCAAACGUGUUGUUCUUCGAGCACUCCUAAUGCUCCAUCGAGUCAUCGAAAAAUCUGAAACUCAGUAUCUGCUCAAUGCUCUCUACAUUCAAGACUACUGCGUAUGGAUCCAAUCUAUCGCUGAUGAGCGUCUUCAACGCAUCAGCAUAGAACUGGAUGCCCACAUUGCUGCCUUUACAAAGAGCGAAACAGGUUGGGCAUUGGAAGAGCUUGAACGCAGUCUCUUUGACGCCAAUGACAAUCACGAUUCAAAGUCAUCUUCUUCUUUCAAUUCGGACUCGGAUUUUUCCGAGGAAUUUUCCAGUGAAGAAGAGUUUACAUGUAAUGACGGAAUAGCGACGGAAUAG